AUGAUGAACAUCAUAAAAGACUCUUUCCCAUAUGGUUCUCUACUUUUGGAUGGUGAGUUCUUACAUAUGCGUUGCUGUGCACAUAUACUUAAUCUAAUUGUUCAAGAUGGAUUAAAUGCUGUAGUGUAUGAUGGAGUUAAUCGAAUAAGGAAAAGUGUUAUGUUCUGGACUAAUUCUGAUAAGAGAGUGCAAAAGUUUGAAGGUGUAGCUAAUCAAUUAGCCUCCGGUUACAAAAGGAAAUUAACCCUUGAUUGUAAAAUUCGUUGGAAUUCAACAUAUGAAAUGCUUUGUGUUGCUAUUAAUUAUAAGGAAGUGUUUGCUGUUUUAAGUGGUCGAGAAAAACUAUACAACAACCCACCAAAUCCUGAAGAUUGGGAAAAAGUUGGGAAAAUAUGUGAGUUAUUGGAAGUGUUUGCUAAACUUACCCUUGAUUUCUCUGCCUCAAAAACUCCUACAGCUAAUAUUUACUUUUCUAAAAUUUGCAAAUUUAAAAUUACUCUAUCUACUUGGCUUUCAUCUCCAUAUGAUUAUGUUGUGAAGAUGGCGGAAGUAAUGUUAGAGAAAUAUAAGAAAUAUUGGGAUAGUAUGAAUGGUUUGAUGGGAGUUGCAACUAUAGUUGAUCCUAGGUAUAAAAUGGCUCUUAUUCGAUUUUAUUUUGCAAAGUUAUUUGAUAAAUAUGAGUAUGAUAGAGAGGUUAGUAGAAUUAGCAAUCUAUUAAGGAGAUUAGUUGAUGAAUAUGAGUCUAGGAGUGAGAAUAAUCAAAGUAAGAGGCAACUAUCUUCCAAUUUAGCAAGUGGUGGGAGUUCUUGUGAUGAUGUUGAUAUGGAAGAGUUUGCACAAUUUCUAGAGCGAGACAAAAAUCAAACUUAUGAAAAAUCUGAUUUGGACAAGUAUUUGGAAAAUGCUAACAUACCACUUGAAGAUAAUUUUGAUAUUUUAAAUUGGUGGAAAACAAAUGGAAGCACAUAUCCCGUUCUUCAACAAGUAGUUUGA